GCUAAAUUUAUCCGCUUCUGGGGCUCAGGUCUGCGGGAGAAAGACGCGCAGCUCCUGCUCUUUUUCCGGAGGCGUGAGUUUAUCACCUGGAUCUGUAUGCGCUCGAUCUUCCGCAGCCUGUAAUCGUAGCCUAUCCCAGUACAGUUUCAGCGCCCUGUGUGUCCGGGUGGGGACAUGGCCGAGCCCCCAGGGAAGAAGCUGAGGAGCAGCCUGCCUCAGUGCAGUGCGCACCCGAGCUCCGGGGGCAGCAGCCGGGUCAGGCAAAACCUGCCCGCCGCCGUAGAGGAGGCUCUGUGCGGCGUGGGCGGCCUGAUGUGGGACCGAGCGUACAAACUACAGGCUCUGGCCAGUGCGUUUGAGAGGGAUGACGUGGCCCUGCCUCGCGUAUCUGCUUUCUUCCACCAGGAGGCGCUGAAGCAGCAAGCUGAGGCCGAGGCUAUGCUGGGCUACCUGGCUGAGAGGGGGGGGAAAUACUGCAGCAAAGAUAUCCAGAAGCCGGGCUGUGAGGCGGUCUGUGCCGUGUUACCAGCUCUGGAGCUUCUGCUGCUCCAGCUCAAAGAGGAGGCCGGCGCGCUGGUGGAGCUGAGCCAGCUGGCCCGCGAGCACGGGGACCCGCACACUGCCAGCGUUGUGAAGAGCCACUUCUUGGCGCCGCGGGUUGACCGUCUCAAACUAUUAGGCGACCUGCUCACCAGUGCCCGUCGGAUCGGCUGCAUCAGUGACCAAACAAGAGGGUUUGGGGAGUAUAUCCUGAAUGAGCUUCAGGAAGAACUCCCCAAAUGAUCGAUCCGCUUCACCUUAAAGGAGGACAUGGCUGGUAUACUCCAUGAUACUCGUCUCCUCUGAAUAGAAAUCUGACAUUUUGUGUGUGAUUUCAGGAGCUGCAUUUCUGUUCAGUGCAGAAAUAAGUCCAGAAGGUGUUUAGCCUAGCUUAAAGCAAAGACUGAAAGUAGGGGGGAUUGUUAGCCUAUCUCCAUAAAAGUUGAAAAAUGUAUAUCCAUGCCAAAUUUAUUUUAAUUACAUUGCUUAUAUAGAUAUUGCUGGCUCUAUCUUGUGGUAGCUUGGGUAAACCCUAAGUAAGUAUAAUGUAAAUUUCUCAAAAUUUUUUGUAUUAAGACUAUAUAUUUUUCACACUAUCCUUGAGGAAUUUUAACUUGAAAACCUUUUGACCGACAAAAAUGGAAACAACACCUAACUUCAACAGUAGCUUUGGCAAUUAUUUUUGAAUCUCAGAUUUGUAGUUGCAUUUUGGAUGAGGAUAACCAGGCCCUGUACACAAGGUUUGGUUUAACUUAACAAUUCAGAGAUCAAUGAAUGUUUCCCCAAUGUACUUAUAUCCAGUUGCAAUUGGUCAAUACAGGGUUUAGCAACACGUAAACUGCUACCCAUAACUUUGAAUGUGUGUAUUCCAAAAGAUAAUUUGCUUUCUUUUAAUUAUUUGUCCCGAGUGUAUUUACUUUUGAAUCAUAAAAUUUUGUUUCUUGACUUUUGAUUAUUUUUCGAAAGAGCUUCAGAAGCCCAAAUGUAUUGAAAAAGUGUGUAAACUACCGCUGACUUGAUUCUCAAUAUGUUCAGUCUUGAUGUGCAAUUUAUAAUAAAGUGGAAGUGAAAGAAA